CCCCCCCCCCCCAAAUAUUGGUCGUGGUUGAACUUCAAUAGAUGGACCUCAGCUCAGAGAAAAUCCAGCGGAUCCUCUCUAAGUACAAAUUCCACGAUGUUGCCGUUGAGGAGCUGCAGAAGAUCUAUCGCACUUUCCCUGGGAUGCUUCCAUCCACAGGCACAUACACAUUUAGUGACAACACCCAAAAAGAUCUUGUGAGACUAGUAGGCAACGUCCCAGUCCAGUAUGAAGGUCGCUCCUACAACUUCCCCGUUCAGCUGUGGUUGAUGGACUCGUUCCCCUUCACUCCUCCCAUAUGCCUCCUGAGACCGACCCCCAACAUGUUCAUCAGAGUGGGCAAGCAUGUGGACUCAGGAGGGCGGAUUCACCUGCCGGAGCUGCACGGCUGGGAUUAUCCCAAAUCCUCCGUGGUGAGUCUUCUGGCUGAGAUGAUUGUGAAGUUUGAGGAGCAUCCUCCGCUGUCCUCCAAGCCCAACGUGGAAAACAAAGACCCCCAGGAACUACUGGCGUUUGUUUCUAAUCUACAGAUCAACGACGGUGGAAGCAGCCAUCAAGGGCAAAUGAUCAAGAAGGUGUCUGUCAUCGGGGGAGGAGACUUGGGAAUGGCGUCGGUGAUGAGCAUUUUAUCAAAGUGUAAAGUGGACCGACUUGUUUUCGUUGACGUCAACGACAGCUCGACAAAGGGCGGCAGCACGGAUCUGGAGAUUUUCCGUCUUCCCCAGGUUGAGGUUUCCAGAGAUCUGUCCGCCUCCGCGGGCUCCCGGGUUGUCGUGGUGACCGCCAACGCGUGGAGCGGCGAGCAGUCGUACGCGAGCGUGGUUCAGACGAACGUGGACCUGUUCAGAGGAAUCAUCCCGACGCUGGCUCGCUACAGCCCCAACGCCGUGCUGCUCAUCGCCUCGCAACCAGUGGACAUCAUGACCCACGUCGCCUGGCGGCAGAGCUGCCUGCCUCCGAGCCGGGUGAUCGGAGCGGGCUGCAACCUGGACUCGGAGCGGCUCAGUCACAUCAUGGACAUAAACCUGAACACUCACAAACCCGCCUGGGUCAUCGGAGAGCUCUCGGACAACAAAGUGGCGGUGAUGAGCAAGGCCGGGCCGGGCGCCGGCGUGCGGCCGGAGAUCGCGGCGGGAUCCAACUCCACCAAACCCUUGUUGGACAGAGCCUUCGGGAUGAUGAAGGGUCGAGGCCAGCGGUCGUGGUCCGUGGGUCUGUCCAUCGCCGACAUCACCGACAGCGUCCUGACGGAUAAGAUGAAGACCCACUCCGUGUCCACGCUGGCUCAGGGCUGGGGCGGCAUCGGCGCCGAGGUGUUCCUCAGCCUGCCGUGCAUCAUGGGAUCCAACGGCUCCACGCGCCUGGCCGGCGUGUCGCUGGGGCCGGAGGAAGACUCCAAGCUGAGAGACAGUGUCGACUCCCUUUGCGCCCUCAUUGGUCAGCUGAGGAUAUGAAGGAUGGGGCUGUACUCCCGGGUCGAGCACACGCCACAGACGGUCGGUGCCUGUGAUGAAUUAGAGUUUGUUCUAAAGUUCUGCAAUAGGUCUUAUAAUGUUUAAUCAUGAUUUUGUUUUGAGGUUCUCGUUGGAUACUGUGCAUAAAAUGUGGGUAGAGAAACAAUCCUUAUUGAACAAAAAUACUCUUGUGGUGUUUUUUCUAAUCAAUGCAAAAGCAUCUGAAGAAGCCUGAUGUGGAAGGUUUUGAUUGUAUUUUUGUCAGUCAGGUUGAAUUUGGGAUGAACUACAUUUACUAAAGAUGACGUAACUACCUGUAACUUUCUACAAACAUGAGGGUGUUUGGCAGAUAAAGUGCGAGGAAUGUAAAUUAUAUUCAGGUGCUUGGGUUGACUCAUUAAUAUACAGCCCGUAUAUUUUAAUAGGCCAUAUUUGCCGUGUUAUUUUGUUUUCUAGAUUCAAAGCAAUUAACGUUUCCGAUGCAUUGAUAUUUAAAUUUCCUUUGGUCUUUUGUCUACUUUGUGUAAAAUACUUUGGACUGCUAGAUACUAAAAUAUGUAAUGAAACAACACAAUUUUGUGGGAGUGCAAUAAAUAUAAGAAAUGUGGAUUGUGUCUGUGGGGAAAGAGCAGACAACAGACAUUUAAGG